CCUCAGUCUAGCCAAGGUGGCCAUUCGAGUCAGCAACGAAGAUGCCGACGAUGACGAUGAAGCUUUGUUCCGAUGCGUAGAUCGUGUCAGAGCCGGUCUGAAUUCCCAUCGAACCGCGGUGACUACCUACAGGGACCUGUAUGGGCAACCAAUGUCGAUGCUAAAUCCGGCAUAUCUCAAGGUAGAGAGUCCUAAGCUAGGCGUCUUGGAGCGAUGGUAACAUGGACACAUGAUUUUAUUCAGGCUCUCACGGAUCCAAUUUUGAGCUUGCCGCCCAGCUUGCGAGCGGACAACUAGAUGUCAUUCGUCACGAUGCUGAUGGCCCGCAUCGUAUUCGUGAUGAGGCGAUUUGAGAAUAGAAGGCCACGUCGUGGGACGCUUGUUGAUGACAGCAACUGGAGGGAAGUAGUCUUUGCCAACAGUUAUGGCCUGCUCAUCGGGUACCUAUCCAUGGCCGUCAAGGGCCUGGGUUUUCUGGUGCUUACUUGGACCACCGUAGUUCUUCUGGGUGGCUACGUCUCUACACUGAAGAAGAAGGAUUUUUGGAGUCUUGCAUUCAUUACCUUAGUACAGACAGCUGGGAUCUUCGACGUUCUUCUGACUGAAAAGCUGAGCUAUAUUUGGGAUUCAGUUUUGGCCAUUUUAUCUAUUCGCUAUGCCGUGAUUGACAACAACCCUUUGCAGCGUAAACGCCAGGUGCUAGCAAAUGUUCUAGCGCUUGUUCAACUAGUAUUAUUUGUCAUUCUCUUGUGCCCUCUGGCAGCUGUCUACAUGUUUGGGUUGUUAAUCUCUUCGGGGAUUUCUGUGUGGCGUCUGAUACAACACGAUUACGGGCGUGAUGCUGACGGACUUGGAAACCUGAAGCCAGCGCUGGACGUCCUGUAUUCCAUUGCUCUACUCCAGGGUGUGAUUUUCUGCUACAAAACCGUAUUUGGUUUUGCGGAGGGACCUGUGGUGAACAGAAUAGUUAAAGCAAGGGAGUUUGGUGAUGAGGCUCGUGUUGGAAUCUCGGACUACUUACACGAAACUAUUGUGGGAUGCGAAAAGGACCCAUCGUUCGCAAGAGGAAGAAACCUCAUCACAUAUGCUAUUGACCUGAUGUGGUCCAAGUCACCUAAUGAUUAUGUUUCAGGGGUCAGGAUCCUGGAUGCGUUCGCCAGACGAAUGGAGAUGGUCGGCAAGAAAUACAAUGAAGAAAAUAUCAUGUACGAUCAGUGGACAUUGAAGAGGUUCAUGGAGGAGCACAUACUCAUGAAGCAUCAGAUCAUGUCUGCGUCCUCCGCCGUACUCCAGAAACUGCUGCAGACUUUAAGCUUGAGAAGCAUGUGUGACAGAGAGACGAGGGGGUGUGCCGCGAGGAUUGUGGCCAACAUUGCUCAAGGCAUCCGUCUGGACGAGUUCCCAAGGGGGGUUGACUACAUAUCUUCCCUCAUCAACACAUUCCAAGCAUACAGUUUACUCCAACCUUACCAGCUAGAAUGGGCACAGGAGAUAUAUCAGCAAAAAUGGGACAAAAUGGCUCCCCAUCUGCGGUCACUUGAUCGUGAUGCUAAAGGGGACAGUGAUGGUGAACUUCUUAACGCCCACAAGGAGCUAAUGGUGCAAGGUUUUCGUAUCCUUGGCAAGCUCGCGACCAAUAAUGACAACUGCAGAAUCAUGCUCGACACCCCGCGUCUGCUCCAAAAGAUCAUGGCUCCUGUGACCUCUGACCUACUCCACCAAAUCGAUCAUGAUGCAUGGCAUAGCAUAGUAGAGGGUUCGCUCAAAGUGAUUAUCAACCUCAUGGUGGCUGCUACUGGGAAGACUGGCACCAUGCUGCGCAGCAAAAUCUCAAGCAGUAAGGAAGCGAUCAGCACCAUUGGGAGGAUUCUCGAGUGUGACAAAUGUGAUCAAAAGCUGCAGGAAUAUGCUAUUCUGGUUCUCAGGUUCCUAUACAUGGAUACAUCUUUGAUCCUCGAGAAUGCAGGCAGAGAAAAAUUCAUAGAGAUGCUGCUAGUAGACAUUAUGACUGAUGACAACAAGGACAAGGAGGACAGACGAGCGGCAGCAGCUAGUGCGUUGAUAGCUCUAUGCUCCAAAACUGAAACGGGUGCCAAGAGUAUCAUUAUGGCCAACGAUAAUGUUGUUAACAAUCUCACUAUAAUGAUUCUUGAAAAUGGUACAUUCCGAUUAAUUGCAACAGAAAUCCUGGAAUAUCUAUGUAUUCAUUGUACUAGUACCAAUGAUGAUGAAAAUGUCAAAAGGCUAAAGAAAGUCAUGACAGAUGCAGUUACAAAGGUGCUUGGAGAGAUAGUUUGUUGGGCAUCAGAAGAAACACAAACAGGAACUUUAGUUGACCAAGUCAGGUUCCAAGAACCAGAAACUGACCUUGAAAACCAAUCUGGUGAUUCACAAGUUAAUGCCGAGGGCAACAACACGUCUUCCUCUAAUCAGCAAGACCGCAAGCUGAGCGAGUAUGGGGUGAUGAUUUGCUUGUUAUCUCUUUGUGUGACAGUAUGUGAGACGUUGAUCAGUGCAGAUCAGGACUUGACUCCUCUGUUUGAAUCAACUACCCCUAUGGAUGGUGUAUCUAGCUUCCCAAUGAAGCUCAAGCAGAUUGUAGGAAAAUAUAUGCAUCGCAGGUCUGAACACCUGGCAAUUCUGAAGCUUACAUGUAAGAUGGUCAUAUCAAUGAUGAAACACAGGGGCGACUAUAUGAAAGAAGAACUGUUAAGCUUGAUGGACACUCUGUCUACAGCUUCAAAAGAGAUGUUUCUUUUUGAUGGCUCUAUGGUUUUUUACAUUCAGGAAGACAGUGGCGCUACAACCACGCGGGAGCCUUUCAGGAGUCUGGCUUCCCUCGUGAAAGAAGCACAGGAACUGGUGGACAAAAGAAAUGAACUUUGAUGUUGAAACUUUAUCAUUGGGGAACCCUGUUUAAGUUAGAACUUAUUGUUCACUUGGUGUCGGUAGCCUUCAUGUAUUGUGAGUUCAUCUGUAUACCAUCUUUGAAACUUUGUGAGUGUUGCCAGAAUAUUUCUAUGGGUCUCUAUUUAUAUUGUUUCUACA